AUGCCUAUAUCCGCCGAGCGAGAGCGCGAGAUUCUGAACAAGUACAAAAUCACCACACUCAAUCCCACCUCAUGGCCGUACCAAGACGAGGACGACUCCUCGGAAGAUGAGAAUUCGCGGUAUAAGAAGCUGGAUCGACACGCCAGUCUGAAGAGUAGCAUAUCCGGAAGGCAACAAGAAGACGCUGGAGUGCAGCAGGAUGAGUCGGACGCUCUGGGCAUGGCACCUAGUGUCGCCGCCGUUCUGCGGAGACGGGGAUUGCAAGUCGAGGUAUCUCCAUCGCAACGCUCCACAUCCAGGCCACGCAGCGGCCUUUGCUGCCUCUGGUCUGCUGCAUUACAUUUGGAAAAGAACAUGAGCUGAAAUCCUACUGUAUGACAGGACAACCUAGCUUUGCGCAACAAGUUUAUGCUCUCCUCCACUAGCUUCAGCCCGGCCAUGUACUUGUCACACGUUCACCAGGACGCCAGCACCGAGGAUUUGCUGAAAGGGCUCGACUUUCUUAGUAGGAGUAUCGAACAGAAAUCCGCAAGUCUCAAGGUCUUAGUAGAGAGCAACUUCGAGCGUUUCGUACGUGCGAAAGCUACCAUCGACACCGUCUAUACAGAGAUGCGCACCCAAGGAGUUGAGCCUUCGCGUAUAUCGCAGAUCCCGACCGGCGCAUCGAGCAUCCUUUCACACUCACGACAGACCAGCCGAAAUCACAGCCAUUUCAGAAACACCAGUGGGCCUUGGGGAUCGCAGUCGAAGGCAUCUGCCGUCGAUAAGAAGAAGACCGCCCUUACAAAAGAAUCGGAAUAUGGCGUUUCCGGCAUUAGAGCGCCGCUACAAGAAGUCGCCAUCAAGGCUGAGGAGGUCUGGGGCCCCGCUCUGGGCGGAAGAGAGAAAGAAGAGGCCCUGAAAGCUGUACAAGUUGCCCUGGAACAACAUCACGAGAUAUUCACAAUACCCGGCAUGAUCUACGAGAGCAUCAAGAAGAGCGACUACGACACUCUCGUCGGUGCCUACAAAAAGGCAAAGCACUACGCGGACAAGGCGCGUGACAUCGGCAAGAUUGCCAAGGAGAACAAUGUAGAGCUGGGCGACGCCGACGUUCACCAGAUUAUCAUCACGGCGCGGAUGUGGCACGACGUCUCCUCACAAGUCGAUGAAUUCAAGCAUGAGCUGUGGAAGCGUCUGAAGAACUCGCACGGAAAGCGGCCGGCGGCUGUCGCCGAAGAGUCCGACAGAGAGCUGCAUAUGGAACUCCUGUCUACCCUGCUGCAAUUGGGCGUCGAGGAAAAUCCCAUCUGGAUCUGGAUCAACAGCUAUUACAUGUAUCUCAGAGAUCGCAUUGCCCGCUCGUUUGAACGCGCACGGAUUGAGAUUGAGAUACAGCGACGGAAACUGGUGGCACACCACAGCACCGAUAUCGUAGCUCUUGCGAAGCAUCUCCGCUCCGCCUCUACCUCGACUGGAACAUUGCGAUUGACCCGAGAAUCUACACGAGAUCUUGACACCGCUCAAGUGCUUGCGUUUUGGGACAAAGUUCAAUCUUGCUUGUCAGCCAUCCUCUCCCCGCAAACCGGCAUUGUAUCUGAGCUGCUGGAGUGGUACAAUAGUGCCCAAGACUUCGUCGAGAACAAAGCGCAAAAGUCCUUUCCGAGUGGUGUCUUUGCUUCUGGUUUCACACACCUUCAGCUCGAGCAGGAACAUGUUGAUGGCGUUCAGAGUGCUGCCCUAGACCUGGUCAGCAUCCUUCGUGACAACGUCGGCUCCUUCUUCCAAGAUGCUCCUGUGGACGAUUUGAGCGACCUCUACUCACCGAUGCCUCCUACUCCAGCUACCCCAGAUGGCAAGACACCGCUGACGCCAGGUAUGAAGAAGACCUUCAGCUUCGACAUCGACAAUGCUCCCCCGCCAAGCCCUAAGAAGGGAGAUGCUUGGGAGAAGUUUGCAUUCUGGCCGCCGGGUGCGAACUCCCUCUCCGGUGCCUACUACUUGGCUCGCCUCUUGGCCCUUGUUGGCAGUGCCAUGGGCGAGGUGGCCAGUUUGGCUGCGGUGAAGCAGCCGCGCGAGACUGAGAAGCUGAAGACAGUCGUCAGCAACGUCCGAGAGCGACUCAUUACAGCCAUCUGCUCGAGUUGGAGCAGUGACUCCGAGAAGUGCCGCGCGCUGGAAUCUUGGACCCGCAGCCCUGACCGCAGAGACCUGACGCUCAUGCCAGCGUACUUUGAGGCCUGGGAAGAGAAGGUGCUUUCCAAUGUGCAGAAAAUUGCCUACAUCUCCGACGCAGCGACCGGUAAGAGCGGCGCUGGUGCUGUGGAGGUCGUUGUGCCACCUUCUGCCAAGCUUUUGUCUGUCGUUCGAGGAUGCUUCACUACCAGUCUUUACAAGAGUUUGAAUAGCAUGGUCGAGAAUGCAGAGAAACUCACGGUCAAUGACGGAGGUGUUGGAGAGGCGAUUGAUCCAGACGGAGUCACAAUACCUCUAAUGAGAGAAUUCGAUGCCGAUGGAGCUGGCGUGCUUGGCACUGAAGCUGUCGAUGCUUCCGAUAGAGUAAGUUUCUGCUCUUGCUUCCUGGUCCGUUCAUUUUACUGACGUAACUUCAGAACGUCCGCAUGCUGCUGACGCUGUCCAACCUUACGCAUCUUCGGAGCGAAGUCAUUCCCCAGCUCAUCUCCCACUUCGAGGCCGCCUUCAGCGUCAAGCUCACCGACGAGUCAAAGACAAUUCGCGAUGUUUUGGCACAGAUCGACGGUCGCCUCUUCCAGUCUUAUGUCAAGCCUAUCGUGGAUACGCUGACGGCGACCAUCACGAAUGGAAUUAGCUCUCCCGAGUGGGAGCCAACAACACCUCGUCCGGUCGAUGCCAAGCCUUAUGUCUACGAUGUCUUGCUUCACUUGGUCCUCGUCCAUGCAGAGGUCACCGGCUCGACGACAACCACUCUCACUGGUCAGGUACUUUCCUAUUUGCUGGAGCAGUGCUCGGUGGCACUGAUUAAUGCUUUCAGGGAGAGAGCGCGCUUCUCUCUGGCGGCGUUGAUGCAGGCCACUUUGGAUGUGGAGUUUAUGGCACAGACUCUUACUAAUUAUACCACGGAUAGGGCAGGUGAGGUUCAGUCACAGAUUUACUUGGCCUUAGAUGAGAGGACGGACAAUGAUGCGAGAGCUAAGCUGCAGGGGGAGCUUCCAGAAAUGAGAGGCAUCCUCAAAAAGUUGAGGGAGUCUACUAAGGGGCAAUUUGGCUGCUUCAAGCGUGAGAGGCGUGGUAGGGCUAAGGGAUAG